GGAAUGUCUUGGAGAUCCCCCCCACCGCCCACCAACCACACACACACUCCCCAUUCCUGCAGCUUUGGAAGCCCAGACUCCAGGCAAAUUAUAAGUAGGAAUCCAAUUUGAAGGAAAGAAAUUUGAAACUAGUUAGGGUGUCAAGUCCUGGGGGACAGCAUCCCCUCAGCCUCCCAUCUGAGGUCUGCAUGUUCCUGGGUGUUAAAGGAAGGGGCUCUCAGCGAUUACCAACAGUGAGCCAAGGAGAAGAUGCAAGAGCUACUGCCCCUGAACAAGCCAUGCGUGGGGAGGAAAGUGAUGGUUUUGUUUUUUUAAAGCUUUUAAAUGAUUCUUUGAGACUGAACAGCGGGAUCAAGAGCGAAGCUUUAAUUGUUCACCAAAGGCUUUUGCUUACACUUGGAAUGAAGUUACUCUCUUGCUAACUACAGAGAGAGAGAGAGAGACCACUGCCCCCUGUGCAUUCAUUCUUUCCCAGUUCCUUUUCGAUGGCCAUAAAACUAUGCUCCUCAAUCCCACCUAAGGCACAGGGCCGGGAGCCCAGCCUUCUGUGCAAAGCGGGGACAACUGCUCUGCUCUUUUGCUCCCAAGUCCAAAGAGGACUGACUCUUGGGAGCCUAGAAAGGUGCGAGAAAUCUUCCUGGACAGAGAGCGGAGCAUAGCGUGGAGCAGAGGCGCUCCGAUCGAGGCCGCGAGACAGGAGCACCAUGGGACUGCUGCAAGCCCUCCUCGGAGCAAGGAAACUGCUGCUGGUCAUCUGUGUUCCGCUGCUGCUGCUGCCCCUGCCCACCCUCUACCCCUGCAGUGAGGCCGCGUGCGCUUACGUGCUUAUUGUCACCGCGGUGUACUGGGUAUCCGAGGCAGUGCCUCUUGGAGCCGCCGCCCUCGUGCCUGCCUUCCUCUACCCGUGCUUUGGAGUGCUCCGAUCCAGUGAGGUGGCGGCCGAGUACUUCAAGAACACCACGCUGCUGCUGGUGGGCGUCAUCUGCGUGGCUGCGGCCGUGGAGAAGUGGAGCCUGCACAAGCGCAUCGCGCUGCGCAUGGUGCUGAUGGCCGGAGCCAAGCCGGGCACGCUGCUGCUCUGUUUCAUGUGCUGCACCACCUUGCUGUCCAUGUGGCUGUCCAACACCUCCACCACCGCCAUGGUGAUGCCCAUCGUGGAGGCCGUGCUGCAGGAGCUGAUCAGCGCCGACGAGGAGCAGCUUGCGGUGGGCAACUCUGGCACUGAAGAGGCCGAGCUCAUGGGUCUUGAGGUAAACCACAGCCAGGCGUCUCUGGAGCUCAUCUUUGUCAAUGAAGACAGGUCAACCGCAGACUUCACGUUCCUGACACAGAACAAGAACCUGAAUGGUAUACCCAUGGUCACCAACCCUCCCAUGGAAACAGCGAACCUACAUCAGCUCAAGAAGCAGCACCCAUCACAGGAAGAGCCACUAGUCUUGACCUCAAACUCUAAGAAGCAAGAGCUGAACAGGAAGUAUAAAUCCCAGCACGACCAAAUGAUCUGCAAAUGCCUCUCUCUGAGCAUCUCCUACGCCGCUACCAUUGGCGGCCUGACCACCAUCAUUGGCACUUCCACCAGCCUCAUUUUCUUGGAGCAUUUCAACAACCAGUAUCCGGCAGCAGAAGUGGUGAACUUCGGGACCUGGUUCCUGUUCAGCUUCCCCAUCUCCCUUCUCAUGCUGGUGGUCAGCUGGUUCUGGAUGCACUGGCUCUUCCUGGGCUGCAACUUUAAAGAGACCUGUUCCCUGAGCAAGAAGAAAAAGACCAAAAGGGAAGAGUUGUCAGAGAAGAGGAUCCAAGAGGAAUACGAAAAGCUGGGAGACAUUAGCUACCCCGAAAUGGUGACUGGAUUUUUCUUCAUCCUGAUGACUGUACUGUGGUUUACCCGGGAGCCUGGCUUCGUCCCUGGCUGGGAUUCUUUCUUUGAAAAGAAAGGCUACCGCACCGAUGCCACCGUCUCCGUCUUCCUCGGCUUCCUGCUCUUCCUCAUUCCAGCAAAGAAGCCCAGCUUUGGGAAAAAGAGUCAGGAAGCCAGCCAAGAGUCCACCCCGGGGAUGGAGCCCAUCAUCACAUGGAAGGACUUCCAGAAGACCAUGCCCUGGGAGAUUGUCAUCCUGGUGGGAGGAGGCUAUGCUCUGGCUUCUGGCAGCAAGAGCUCGGGCCUCUCCACGUGGAUCGGACACCAGAUGUUGUCCCUGAGCAGCCUCCCACCAUGGGCCAUCACUCUGCUGGCAUGUGUCCUGGUGUCCAUUGUCACAGAGUUCGUCAGCAAUCCGGCCACCAUCACCAUCUUCCUGCCUAUCCUGUGCACUCUGUCAGAAACGCUGAACAUCAACCCGCUCUACACCCUGAUUCCAGUCACCAUGUGCAUCUCCUUCGCGGUGAUGCUGCCUGUGGGCAACCCCCCCAACGCCAUCGUCUUCAGCUAUGGGCACUGCCAGAUCAAAGAUAUGGUGAAAGCUGGCCUGGGAGUCAAUGUCAUUGGCCUGGUGAUCGUGAUGGUGGCCAUCAACACCUGGGGAGUCACCCUGUUCAAUUUGGACACUUUCCCAGCCUGGGCUAAGGUCAGCAACAUCACCACUGAGACCUAGCACAGACAGACAAAAGAGCCUGACAGAGAAGCUGAGCCCCAGGCAAAGAAAACCACCAGGAGUACCCACCCUAGGCCCACGCUGAGGGCACCCCGAGAUUCCAGCGCCCGCACCCAGGCUCGUGUCGGCGACCCGUGUCUCUUUCCCCACGCGCCUGCCUGCCUUAGCACCAUCGCUCAAGAAAACUGACAGCUGUCCUCUUUUUCCUUGCAUCUAGUUCUGACAGUUGACUUUCUGGGGACAAGAAAAAUGCAGUAAACCUGUCUUAGCUCCCCUCACAGGUGGAACUGCACAAGCUGACUGGCCUCAGUAGGUUUUGGUAUUCACACUUGACCAGGUGUUGAAAGUGAUAUGCCACCUACGCGCACGUCUUCUUGGCAAAAACCUUACCUGGUGCCUCAAAUGUUGUCUCUGCUCUUCCCACUAUUCUGGUUCAUCUUAAGUGUCUCUCUUCAGUGGCUCCCCUUUACCUUGCUACAAGAAACACUGUUUCCCUUCAGGAAGAGGCUGCCUUGAUAGCAGAGAGAGAAAGAAUUCUGAAAUUAGUAUCUCUCCCCACCCCUCACUAACCACAAAAGCCACCGCCUUGGUUAAGUGUAGAGAGGGAGGAAAAACUUUCACACCUAUCUUAUUAAGAAGACCCAAACUAAAUUAAGACCACAGCAUCGUUACUGUUAUUACACUGGCCUGCUUCUCCAUUUAAUGAGUAGUUUGCUCCCGAGAACAUAAGAGUACUAAGUCGAGCCCAAAGGUCCUUCCCAUCAAUCACUUCCUACCCGUCAGUGAGCUCCUGAGGGGAAGAUGUCUAUCUCGUGACUUCUCUACAAUGUAGUAAACUGUAACUGCUCAAUAAAUGUUCCUGAUGAGAAAAA